AUCAUUGACGAAAUGUCGCGCGAACGGAGCCCGAAGGUGCGCGCGGCUGUCUACAAGGCCCUGCGUCCGUUGCUGACGAAUGCCGCCGCAAUGAAUGUCGUCGAGCACGCCCUGAAAUGCGUGGUGCCCCACGGAUUGGCCGAUCGAAGCGAAAAGGUCCGACUCGCCUGCUUCCAAUUCCUCAAUUUGAUCCGCGACCAUCGUUUUAUCAGAUUCUACGACGUUGCCGACGUGUCGCUGAUCCUGGCCUGCGCCGAGUUGGAGACGGACAAGAAGGUUCAGGAGCAGAUCGUUGGACUGAUCCAGAAGUCAUUCCUGCCAGCAGGCGCCCUAUUCGACGAGUGGAUUCGACGCCAAAAGCGGCUGAUCAAG